AUGCAGAAAGAUUUACACAUGGUGUUCAUAGAUCUAGAAAAGGAGUAUGAUAACGUACCAAGGCAAGAUAUAUGGAGAUGCUUGAGGGAAAAAAAAAAUGUUCCAGAAAAAUAUGUUAGGUUCGUCAAGGAAAUGUACGAGGAAGCAGAGACCCAAGUUAAUAGUAGUGUGGGCACUACAGAAGGGUUUUUCGUUAAUGUUGGUUUGCAUCAGGAAUCGGCCCUUAGCCCUUAUUUAUUUGUCCUGAUAAUGGGCGUGUUAGUGUGUAACGAGAAGUGCGAGACUCCGUGGAGUAUGCUGUUAGCAAAUGAUAUUGUGCUGUGUGAACUUUUCCAAAUUAAUGCUGAGAAGAAACUGGAAGAUUGGAGAACAGUUUCGGAAAAAAAGGCAUGA